AUGGUCGUGGAUGUGGACAUGGACGUGGUCGUGGUCGUGGACGUGGACGUGGACGUGGUCGUGGACGUGGACGUGGACGUGGUCGUGGACGUGGACGUGGAAGUGGUCAUAGACGUGUUCAUGGACGUGGACAUGGUUGUGGACGUGGACGUGGACGUGGUCUGGGACGUGGACGUGGACGUGGACCUGGACGUGGGCCUGGACGUGGACGUGGAUGUGUCCGGCAAGAGCGUUGCAAUGCUCUUGCCGGACAUCCGAGAGCGUUGCACCGCACUUGCCGAUCACCAUGGAGCACACCUUGGAGUGUUGCAAUGCUCUUGGCAAACACCCUGGAUCAUUGCAAUGCUCUUGCCGGACACCGAGGAGCGUUGCAGUGCUCUUGCCAGACACCUCGCAGCGUUGUAG